CUUGCUCCUGUGCCCACAGGAAAAUUUGGGGAGGGGGCCGAGCCUCGGCUCCCCUGAGCUGCAGUUAAUUCUCGCCGAGAUGCCUUUUUGGAGGCAGAGAGUGGAGAGUGAAUAGGUCCCUCUUGCUCCAGGGAUGCUCCUAGCUUGACUUGGGGAACCUCUCGCCCCCUCUCUGCUUGCCAUGUGGGAGGAAAAGUGGCCUCGGUCCCACGGGCAGUUGUGGGAGGCUCCGCGGGACAGCACCGCGCAGCUCUGCCCCUGCCCGGCUGCUGCUUUUUCAUUUUUGUCACCGUUUUGAAGCCUGGAUUUCGCCUGGGAAAUGAAUGGAUUGAAGGGAGGAGGGGGAACGGGGUUUAAUCGCAAAUAUUUUUUUUCCACGUAGCCAGACGGGCGUGAAAAAAAAAGGACCCGAAACCACAAACUUAAAAAAAAAACAAAUGCCGUUCACCUGUAAUUCCAACAAAAUAAUAUAUAUAUAUAAAAAAAAGCCUGAGCCAGGUAUCUACCCUGAAGGCUCGUCUAAGUAUACAAAUUCUAGACCACUAAAUGCACGGUUUUGUAAUGGAAAUAAUGACACGCGGAGAGCUGUAUUGGAGUUUCUUUGAUAAACCCUAAAAUCAAUGCAGUCAGUCAUUGCUACCAUAAUUUAGGAAAAAAAAAACCCGAAACCAACAAAACCCAAAACAAGUGAAUGGACCGAAAUGCUUCCAGGGAGGAUGGUUAUUUUAAAUACUUGCUUUCUCCCAGUGGGGGAUUCAGCGAAGGAAGCUCAUAACAUGGCGGAUAGCGAGGAAGGCUUUGGGCUCCCGACCACGCCGGCUGACUCGGAGGCCAAGGAGCUCCAGGCUGAAGCCAAGCAGGACACUCAGCUGGGGGCCACCAGCAAGUCCCCCACCUCACCUCAAGCAGCUUUCACGCAGCAGGGCAUGGAGGGCAUAAAGGUGUUUUUGCACGAGCGGGAGCUGUGGCUGAAAUUCCACGAAGUGGGGACGGAGAUGAUCAUAACAAAGGCCGGGAGGCGUAUGUUCCCCAGUUACAAAGUGAAGGUCACUGGCCUGAAUCCAAAAACCAAGUACAUACUGUUGAUGGAUAUUGUACCAGCGGAUGACCACAGAUACAAAUUUGCAGAUAAUAAAUGGUCGGUGACGGGGAAGGCAGAGCCGGCCAUGCCCGGGCGGCUGUACGUGCACCCCGACUCCCCAGCCACCGGUGCCCACUGGAUGAGGCAGCUGGUUUCCUUCCAGAAGCUCAAGCUCACCAACAACCACCUCGAUCCCUUCGGACAUAUCAUCCUGAACUCCAUGCACAAAUACCAGCCCCGGCUCCACAUCGUGAAAGCGGACGAAAACAACGGCUUCGGCUCCAAGAACACCGCCUUUUGCACCCAUGUCUUCCCGGAGACCGCCUUCAUCGCCGUCACCUCCUACCAAAACCACAAGAUCACCCAGUUAAAGAUUGAGAACAACCCCUUUGCGAAAGGUUUCCGUGGCAGUGACGACAUGGAGCUCCACAGGAUGUCCAGGAUGCAGAGUAAAGAGUACCCGGUUGUUCCCAGGAGCACAGUGAGACAAAAAGUGUCCUCGAAUCACAGUCCCUUCAGCGGAGAGACCAGGGUCCUUUCUGCCUCCUCCAACCUGGGCUCCCAGUACCAGUGUGAGAACGGGGUGUCAAGCACCUCCCAGGACCUGCUACCGCCUGCCAACCCCUACCCGAUCUCCCAGGAGCACAACCAGAUCUACCACUGCACCAAGAGAAAAGAUGAGGAAUGUUCCACCGCCGAGCAUCCCUACAAGAAACCCUACAUGGAAACUUCUCCGGCAGAAGAGGAUCCUUUCUACAGGUCCAGUUACCCCCAGCAGCAGGGACUGAACACUUCGUACAGGACUGAAUCAGCCCAGCGUCAAGCAUGUAUGUACGCCAGCUCUGCUCCCCCCACGGACCCUGUGCCCAGCCUGGAAGACAUUAGCUGUAACACGUGGCCGAGCGUGCCGUCCUACAGCAGUUGCACCGUGUCUGCCAUGCAGCCGAUGGACAGGUUACCCUACCAGCAUUUCUCUGCCCACUUCACCUCGGGGCCGCUGAUGCCCCGGCUCGGCAGCGUGGGCAACCAUACCUCCCCCCAAAUAGGAGAUACUCAUAGCAUGUUUCAGCACCAAACCUCGGUUUCUCACCAACCCAUCGUGCGGCAGUGUGGACCUCAAACCAGCAUCCAGUCCCCCCCUAGCAGCUUACAGCCCGCGGAGUUCCUGUAUUCCCACGGCGUGCCUCGAACCCUUUCGCCCCACCAGUACCACUCGGUCCACGGCGUGGGCAUGGUGCCAGAGUGGAGCGAGAACAGCUAACAAGGCGGUCAGGGAAGUGCAAGAGCGUUAGCCGUGGAAAACCGAGAAAUGGGGAAAGAAAAAGGAAAAAGAAAAAAAAUACCCGGUUGAUAAUAAAAGUGAGAGUAUUUUGCAAGACUGCUUUAACUGAAUGUUCACCGAUAGCACUCGAGAGGGACGGACACUGAUUGAAACCACGGAUGAAGCAGUCAGCGGCCUUGGUGCGACUUGCCCCCUCUUUUUUUUUUUGUUUCGAAAGAAAAAAAUCAACAGUUCGGCACACUUCUCCCCCGCCACUGUCCCCACCCAGUUUGUGUUGCUGCCACCGCCAGCCCCGUGCCCCCGUCUCCCGCCUCUGCCCUCCUGCUCUUUUUGUUCUCCAAGGGCCACCAACCUCCUGCUGCCUUUCUCCACACACUCAGAGUGCUUGAACGAAAACAACUAGGAUGUUACUUUUUUUUUUUUUUUUGUGGUGUUGAUGUUGACGAUGUUAUAUAAUAAAUAAUAAUAUAUAUAUAUUUUUUUCUUUAAAUUUCCUCGAAAAAAGACACCGGCCCUUUUCACAAAGGGCGGAUUUUGGAGUGGUGUUUCUCUUUUUUUUUAUUCUCCUUAGUGUUAUCGUCGCUACUUUUCAAAAGGAAGAGGUUUUACAAACCCACAAAUAAGAAAAGCAGGUACCUACCUCGCUACCUUGUACCACGAGCAAAAUCACUCCUUGCGGGGUGCUGUGUUUCCUUACAAAAGUCCCCAAACACCUCUCUGCAGGAACCAGCCCUGUAAAAUCAUCUCCUUUCCCACUUCUUUCCUUUCCAUCUCCCAGUCUUUCCUGGUCCAUCAGCUGGCCCUGACGGAAGCACCCCCAGCUUUGUCUCCUGCUGCAUUUCUACCGGCAUGUGGAAAGUGAGGCUCUGAGCCAGCACUGAGGGGGGAGAGUGGGGGGAGAGGAUGCAGACAGUGAAAGGAAAAAAUUUGCUCAUAAAAAUGAUGAUGACGCUUGUUUGCAAUCCUGGACUUUCAUAUUAUUUUGCGUUCUUUUUCUUCCUCUAACAAAAAAAAAAAUGAAAAAGGCUACUGCUCUGGGUAUGUGAAGUGAGAUAUCAAGGAAAUGUGCUUAAAAGGAGCAGAAAAUGACCGUGAGAGGUUGGGAGUGGGGGAGGCGAGAAGAAAAGAAAAAGCAAAUGCGUGUAAGCAAAAACGUCUACUGCAAAAAUUGUCAGGUGUAAAAUUUCCUGGUACUAUUUAUUUAUACACGGGACUUCAAAUAACUCAUAGUAUGUCAGAAAGCCAACAAAGC